UGGACAUGCGGGCCAUGGAAUUUUGUAAUGCGCCAGUCCAUUGUUGUUCACCUUAAAUCCUUCAUCGUAAAAUAUACUUAAUCUUGUCACCUGUUCUGGGAUUGCAAAGGUCGCAUCCCAGGUAACUACAGGGAAGUGAAUCAUCGGGCUCCUACGGUUGAGCAGAACUGGCUUUUUACUACCAAACACAGUGAAAGCUGAACACUAGAAUCGUUAGUCUCUUGAACUGUCAUGAUUCCAAGUGUGAUCGCCCUGUAGCCAUGCCCCAUUGUCUGAAAUUCUCGGCCUUGGCCAUAUUAUACGAGAGGACUCCAUACCAAAUUUCGUCAUUUACUCAUACCAAGCAAAAUUUCAUGAGCUCAUUCUCCUCACCCACCCUCACACAAUCUUGCCUCAACGCUCAAUUUCCUGAUAGCAACAUGAAGUUCCCUGCCACUGCCGCCAUCAGUGCCCUUGCUGUACUAGCCGGCGCCUAUAUAGUUCGCGCAAACUCGUUCGAGAGCGGCGAUUGUGCACCACCUGGAACGUUUCAAGGAGGAGAUAAAUUUGGCAAUUGCAUUGGUGAAAGCAAGGCUAUGAACUGCAGUGAAGCUGAACCAGUAAGUAAUUUUGCUUUCCAAGACCAAGAAGAAAGAAACUGA